GUGGCACCAGAGAGGCGCCAACAUUUAAACUAAAUUUAUCUGUCGUGUUCUGUGAGGUGGAAAUAUAAAGUUGGGAGAGGAGUUUGUUUCGAUUUGUUCGGCGAUGGGUUCUGGUGAUGAAGGUGAUGCGACUGAGGCACUGCCUACCCGGUCACUGAGUACGGAAGGUGAUUCCGUCAAGGUUUAUGUAAGGGUGCGUCCAGUGAAGAGCACGGGGCUGUGUUCCGAUGGAGGACCUGGGCUGUGUUUGUCAGUCCUCUCGCCAAACACUAUUCGUCUCAGCUCAAAACCUGAACCAAAAGUUUUCACGUUUGAUCAUGUGGCUGAUAUGGACAUUACCCAGGAAUCAGUUUUUUCAACUGUUGGCCGAGGCAUUAUUGAGUCCUGUAUGAAUGGAUACAAUGGUACCAUAUUUGCAUAUGGACAAACUGGUUCAGGGAAGACAUUUACAAUGUUGGGUCCCUCUAAAUCUGACAACUUCACUCACAAUCUGAGGGGAAUAAUUCCUCGCAGCCUUGAAUACCUAUUUUACUUGAUCAAUCGUGAAAAGGAAAAGGGUGGAGGAACAAGAAGCUUUCUGUGCAAGUGCUCCUUCAUUGAGAUAUACAACGAGCAAAUAUUUGACCUUUUAGACGCUGCUUCAUCUGGUCUGUUUCUUCGAGAAAGCAUAAAAACUGGUGUUUUUUUGGAAGGAGUAAUUGAACAGGUUGUUACAUCAGCAGCUGAAGCCUAUCAGGUGUUGUCUAUGGGAUGGCGAAAUCGAAGUGUAGCAUCUACUUCAAUGAAUCGAGAGUCAUCACGAUCCCAUGCUGUCUUUACACUUGCCAUAGAGUCAAAGGAAAAGAUUAACUCUCUGGUUAGCAUUCGCACGUCACGGCUAAACCUCGUUGAUUUAGCAGGUUCAGAACGACAGAAAGACACACAAGCUGAAGGGCUGCGAUUAAAGGAGGCGAGCAGUAUAAACCGAUCACUGAGUUGUCUGGGAAAUGUUAUCAUGGGACUUGUUGAUGUGACGAAUGGAAAAAGUCGGCAUAUUUCCUACAGAGAUUCUAAGCUGACUUUCUUGUUAAAGGACUCUCUUGGAGGAAAUGCAAAGACCUACAUUAUUGCAAAUGUUCACCCAGGGUCAAAAUGUUUUGGUGAAACGCUGUCAACUCUUCAGUUUGCUCGUAGGGCUAAGUUGAUCAGAAAUAAAGCUAUAGUAAAUGAAGAUACUCAAGGCAAUGUUCACCAACUGCAGGCUGAAAUCAAGAAGUUGAAAGAACAACUCUUUGAGCUGUCAAAGGGACAAAUAAUCCGGGAAGCAGAGGCGAGGGGAGAAACUGUACCUGUGGAAGGACAUAAUGCUGAUGAUGGUGAAUGGAAGGAUCGCUUUCUGCAAGCCAUGCUCCUCUGGGAGAAAAGUGAACAUCAAAACCAGACCCUUAUGGAAAAAAUUGGGGAACUCAAGGAUGUGUGCAGUAAAAAAGAAAAGAUAAUUCAGUCAACCAAGAUGAUCGUGAAGUUCAGGGAGGCAAACAUAGCAUAUCUGGAAAAGAUUUUGAAUAGUUCUCACAGUAAUCUGUCUCCAGAUGAAAAAGAUGCAGUGAUCAUUGAACUGAAGAAAGAAGUCGAAAUUUUAAAAGAGCAGACUGAGCAAGACCCUCGAAUAGCCAGUUAUGCAAUGGAGAAUCGUGCUCUACGAGAAGAAAACAAAUAUCUGAACUCCUUGGAAAAUGUGAAGCGUGCCAAGGAAGCGUCAGUACAAGUGACCGCUAAACUGGAAAGGGCAUUUUUGGAAGCCUCAGAGAAAAAUGCUGGAGGUCAAGCAUUUUAUCCAUCUCCUGUAAAAGUAGAGAACAUAUCUGUAGUCUCACAACAAAGGCUUAAAGUUCGACUUGUUCAAGUGCAGAAUGACUUAUCUUCUGUAAAGCAGGAAUAUGAGGAGUUCCAGGAACUGGCCAAGAAGAAGCAAAUGGAAUUGGAAUCUGAAGUCCACACCCUUGAAAAAGCCAAUCAGCAUUUAGAAAAUAUUUUGGAGGCAACUAAAUCUCACAAACGUCAGGAGGUCUUCCAGCUGAAUAAAAUGCAUGCUGAGACAAUCAAGAACUUGACACCAAUUAAGUCUGUGGGCAACCUAACACCUGAAAUAAUUUUACAACGGAGUCCUGAUGGAGCACCUGAAGUUUGUGCAGAGAAAGAUAACGCUGUUAUUAAUGAGUCUCUGCCACUUGAUAUGAAUGAACAAGCUUAUGAAGCUAUCGCCGAAGAACUUCAAACAGUUCAGGGGCAGUUGACUGACCUCCAGACCAAGCUGGAUGAAGAGGAGAGAAAAAAGCUGAAGCUUCAGCAAAAUAUUGACAAACUGGAAAACCAUUCCACUAAGUUGAACGAGCUCCUCAUCUCUGAACGAAAUGAUAGGAACAAAACCCAGCAGGAGCUUAUUGCAAAGACUAAAUCAUUGGAGAGUGAGCUGCAAGACUGUCUGACUCAGAACAAUAUAUUGAAGAGUGAAGUGCAUGACUUGCGUGUGGUGCUACAGUCAGCUGACAAAGAACUUGUAACCGUAAAGGAGGAAUACAGUUCUUAUAAGGCCAAGCAAGAUGCCGAACACAUUCAACUUUCAGAUCAGUUUAUAAAAAUCCAGUUACAGCUGGAUGAAAUCAGGUUAGAACAUGAAAAAAACCUGGAGACGAAGCGUUCUCUCCAAGAUACUAAUGACAAUCUACAGGAGAUAGUGAAAUUUAAAGAAUAUGAGAAUGAACAACUGCAUGAAAAUCUGGAACAAAUGAAGGAGGAAGCUGAAGCAAUGAGGGCUGAAAUUGGUUCUCUGAUGGAAGAUCUGGAAGCUGGAAAGGAACAAAACCAAAAGCUUGCUUCACAACUUCAACAAGACAUUGAGAAUAACUCCAAGGAACUUCUGAAAACUUUGAAUGAGAAAGAACUCCUAAAGAAAGAAUCUUCUGGAUUAUUAUUGAAGUUCGAGCAGCAGGCACUGGAGCAGAAAUAUCUGGAGCAGAGCCUGUCUGAUGCCAAAUGGAUUAUUGCUGAUCUUGAGAAGAAGCAUACUGCUGAUCAGGAGGUAAUGAGGAUCUUGAACAACGAAAUUCAAGAAAUGAGAAGUACUUGCAGUCAGAAAUCUGAAACUGUUUCUGCCUUGACUCAAGAACUGGAGGACAUCAAAUUGAAGUACAGUGCUGCUGUGGCUGCUAAGGAGGAACAUAACACCAUAAUUGAAAAAAAGGAGCAAGAAAUUAAGGAAGUGAGAGAGACCAUGGAAAGAAUGAAAAAUUCCUGUAAAGUUGAGAUGGAGAUGCUGUAUGAAGAUCUCACUAAUACCUCCCAGCAGCUUGAGCAACAAACGGAAUACUCUCAGGAACUGGCAGCAAAAUUGCAGCAGAUGCAAGAAGAAGCGGAGAAAAGUAAAAGAACCGUUAAAGAACUUAACAGUCAGACUCCCUGUACUCCUGGAUCUCCAGCAUAUCCAUUUCGAACCCCAGAGCAGCACCAGAGGCAAUCGGAUCAUCAAAAUGCAAUUCAAGCUUCCUUUGAAGUGUUGGCUGAGAUGGAGUUAGAAAGGGAAUCCAAGAAUAAACAGAUUCUACAACUCAAAAGCCAGUUGCAUGAAUUGAAAACUCGGUGUUUGGAAAUGGAUGCUUUGGAGAGACACUGUCGGAAUUUGGAGAACUGCCUAGAAAGAACAGAGAAAAGUUCAACAAUGGAGUCACAACGUAUAAAUGAGUUGGAAAAGAAAUUAAAAGAAGAAUUAAAUAUCAAGGAAGCUCUAAAAGAAAAGCUAGCAGACAUGGAGACUGAAUUAACUAUGAAUAAGGCGUCGUUGGAGUCUAUUCAGCAGACUAUUACAGAGAACCAAACAAAACUUGAACGCACCAGCAGUUUAGAAGUAAAAACCUUCAAUGAGAAAGAAGAGUUUCGAUCAGCUCUUGAAUCUGCAAAUGAAGAGAAAGAGAAACUUAGCUGGGAGGUUAACGCUCUUCAGAGGCAAGUAGCCAAACUUACUGAAGAGAAUGGAAACCUGGCAGGACACAAGAACUUGAAACAAAAAAUUCAAUAUUUGGUUAAAGUCAAGAAAGAAAAUGUUCAACUCUGUGAGGAAGUUGGGCUGCUGAAAUUAGAGCUUCUGAAACUGAAGGAACUCAAGAAAACUGACGUUAACAGCUUGACACAACAAACUGUUGAGGAGUCAUGAUGAAAAUGUACAGCAAUAAUGUAUGGAUUUAAGACCACCUCUACACCAAACAACCAUUUUCCAGCAUUGGCUCCUAUAACUGAUUCUGGUGUUCAUCCAUCCACUUCUUAAAUGCCACCACUCUGGUAUUUUCAUAUAUAUAUUUUAGGCACUCAUCAUUCUUUGGGUGAAAAAGGACCCUUCAGAUCGUCUUUAAUUCUCUUGCUCCCUUACUCUAAAUGUAUACUCCCCCUUUGUUCCGCUCUGUGGGGAAAAGUUUGCUGCUGUGUCCUCUCUAUUGCCCUCAGUGUUAUAUAUUUAAGUCGUCUCCUCUCUUAACCUCCUUCAGUCGAGCGAAACUAUCAGUCUCUUCUCAAGCUGAAGUGCUCCAUCUCAGACAAUAGGCUGGGUGAACCGUCACUGCAGCCUCUCCACUGUUUUCAUCUUUUUCCUAUUUCGUUUUGUAGAUUUUGUCUGUUGUUUCUAGUACAUGGUAUCAAUCUCGCUAAACUGUUAAGUGUAUUGAAGGCAGUCUGCUCAAUGCAGACACACCAGGUAUGAAUUUAAUCAUAUUACGGUCACUGUCUCCUAAAGGUUCCUUCACCUUAAGUUCCCUGAAGCAGACUUGAUCAAGGAAACUGAUGGAGGUAGUGACCAUAAUAUGACAAAACUUACCAUGCCAUUUGAGAGAAGUACAUGUGGGAGGAAAGCUAAAAUCUAAUAUAAUGGUAUCAAUUAAAAUGUAAUUGAUUAAAAGUAACAACAUGGGCAUGAGAGAAGAUUUGGUCAGAGUUGAUUAAAUGGAGACUGUAGCAGGAAGAUGGUGGAGCAGCAAUGACAAGAUUCUAGGGUUAAUUCAGGGAAAGACAGAGCCACGAUGGCGCUUAACAGUGACUGCUUCGAGCUCAUCUGCGGAAAACUUUGUCUCUUUGUGGUGGUGGGACCUGCUCCCGGUGGCUCAGGACCGGCCGCUUUUCACAGUCCCGAGGACGUGGCCUAGAAGAGCACGCCUGCAGAGUCCAAGUCUUAGCAGCCCUGUGAAUGAGUUGGCCCUAUACCGGGGCCACAGCGGGAGAAAUCGGAAUAUCCGGAACAGUGAAUUGGCUAUCGGGGCUCUGUGCUCAGCGAAUCUCCUCUCUGUCUUCAUAGAUUCACAACCCUCCGGCUAAAAAAAUUCUCCUUACCUCUGUUCUAAAAAGUUGCCCCUCAAUUUUGAGGCUGUGCCCUCUAGUUCUGAAUACCUCACCAUAGGAAACAUCCUCUCCACAUCCACCCUAUCUAGUCCUUUCAACAUUCGGUAGGUUUCAAUGAGAUCCCCCUGCAUUCUUCUAAAUUCCAGUGAAUACAAACCCAAAACUGCCUCGUAUGUUAACCCCUUCAUUCCUGGAAUCUCCACGUGAACCUCCUGCAGACUCUCUCCAAUGAUGGCACUUGGAGUAUUGUCAACAGUUUUGGACCCCAUAUGUCAGAAAGAAUGAGUGACAGUGAAAAUGACAGACACACACCACACCCCAGCAAAAAAAAGCCAUUGCCAUCCUCCACCCACCAAAGCCCCCAUGAAAGACCAUGAUCUGUUGAACAACAGAAACUAAUUGUUCUCCCUGACAAAUCGACACAAGCUCUCUCUCUCUCUCUCGCCCCCCAAAGAAAGGGACAGAGAGAUGUCACCCUGUCACAGCGAGAGGGGAGACAUAACAAAACAACUCGCUGAUUUACGAUGAUGAAGUCUGCCGUGCCCCCCACGAGUUCUCCAAUGGGAGGAGAAGAGAGUAAAUGCCAGAAGUUCAACAGUCUUUUCAGGGGUGAGUAUGCUAUCCAUAAUGAAAGAUAAGGACUUGAAAGACCAUAAGACAUAGCAGAAUUAGGCCAUUCAACCCAUCAAAUCUGCUCUGCUAUUUGACCAUGACUGAUUUAUUUUUCCUCUUAACCCCAUUCUUUUGCCUUCUCCUUGUAACCUUUGAUGCCCUUGCUAAUGAAGAACUUAUCACUUUAAAUGUACCCAAUAAUGUGGCCUUCACAGCCAUCUGUGGCAAUGAAUUCCACAGAUUCACCACCCUCUGGCUAAAGAAAUUCCUCUUCAUCUCUGUUCUCCUGUGUCAUUUCAUCCUAGACUCUCCCACUAUUGGAAACAUCCUCCCACAUCCACACUAUCUAGGCUUUUCAAUAUUCAGUAGUUUUCAGUAAGAUACGCCCCCCCCCACCCCCCCAUCAUUCUUCUAAUCUUCAGCGAGUAAAGGACCAGAGUCAUCAAACAUUCCUCAAUGUUAACUUUCAUUCCUGGGAUCAUUCUGGUAAACCUCCAUGGGCCCCCUUUGAUGCCAGCACUAAAAUAACCAAACUAUCAGGCCUUACCUAAGAAUGCAUUAUUUUUCUCAGAAUACAUGAUACCAUAGAAAAAUGUGAGAAAAUAAAUAUAUAUGAAAGUCAAGUUUGGCAGAUUCUAUUUUGAGUCAAACCAUUCAUCGUGGCUGUUGUACAUUAGGAUUCUACUACCUUUGGAAAAUGUUUUUUUUUCAAUUUUCUAACAACAGUAUAUACAAAAUUGUACAUGUAUGAUUUUUGCCAACAUCAGGUGAGAACUAUGUCAAAACUGCUUUUGACACCAUUCUUAUUGACUACAUACCAAUCAUUAUUUUGAUUCACAAAGGAUGAAUAAAGUACUUUUUAUUUGUA